GAAGUUGACACCUCUGGACUGGAGCUAGGAUCAGCCAUGAACUCUACGCUGAAUCCCAGAUGCCCAGCAGUCGCAGUCAGCAGUCUACGCUGCUGUUGGGAUUUCAUAGGCUUUGCCGCUCCUCCGACUACCCGUCUUGGAAUUCACGUGCUUUUCGUCGAACUGGUCGAGUCACUGCAACCCUCCUGUCAGCUCAGUCCAACGCAUUAUUGCGAAUACGUGGCAUGAUGUCAUUGGGUCCUGUUAGAGGCCAUCCAUAGAGGCCUGACUAUUGCUAUGAUGCAGACAAUGUACAUCUUCGUGACAUCGUGGAUUUUUUAGUCGACUCAAAAGCACCUCGUUACAAUGUCACACGACACGUCAUCUUCGUGACAUUGUGGAUGCUAGCGGGGGAGGUCGUUCAUAGCUGCGACGCAGCGCUAGCGAUGGCGAUGACGAUGGCGCAUGCCGCGAGAGUUCAUGAACCUUCACAAAACGUCCUGUCCCCAUGGCGGGACAGGAAUCGCUUAUCUUGGACAAUCCCGUUCGUGAAAUUCUUCGCUUCUUCCCCUCUCCCGCACGCAUCACAUGUCGCGUCUUUCCUCUCCAGCGUGGCACCAAGCCGCACGCUGAUUCACCGGCUUCAUCCCAAGCCGCGGCCGCUCCGAGCCGCCUGAAUCCGUGGACCCGAAAGCUCCAAGCAUCCUGGUUUCUCGGAUGUCUCGACAGGACCGGAAGAGUAUAUCAGGCACCACUGGCCUCAAUUGGCUUAUCCUGCUGAUCAGAGACAACUUCAGCCGUCGCUGAGUGUCUGCUUACGUCGGCUCCGACAUUCCCAGAGAGUGGGAAUUACCGAGGUUUCGUCCAAGGUAGACUGGUCGCUGGGAGGUCCGUACGACCUCCGACCUCACAUCAUCAGGGUCGUUCUGCCUCUCCCGAGAAACGUCUGUCUCGCUUCCACCAGUUAAAAUCUGGGACGACUCAAAUCUACUCGUCUGUCUCGCUUCCACCAGUCGUCGCUUGAGCUAUUUUGAGCAAGCUUGAGCAGUCUCACCAGGCCAAAGGACCCCGGGAUACUCUUUUUCGUUUGCUUCGUCAACGCUAAGUCUAUCGGGUCGCUGGUCGAGAGUCAGUUUCUGCUCCUGACGCUGGUCCGAGUUUGACCGUCGCUGAAUUGUAACACCAGCCUGCAGUGAAAGGACCCGCGCCAGAUUCAGCAGCAUCGCGAGCGCACCAACAACUCCAGUAGCAGCAGACAGCCGGCUCGAACGGCAACAGCCGCCAGCGACAAUGGGAACACUUCGCUUCCGCUCCUGCAGCUCACACCUGUCUGCAACUAAGAAUCAUCCCUCUGCUCGGGACUACACUCUCCUGCGUGUUAUUGUCACCUUCUGCACAGUCGUGCUGUUUCUACUUUGCUGCACGGAUCCUGUGGCUGCUGUCCCGCCUCCGGUGGUGCAGUGUGAGAAUGGAGGGUCGGAGACGUGCACUGUGAACAAUGCCUAUGGUGCCAAUUUCGAUGGUGUCACGUGCAAGGCAUCCCGUGUGUUCUACCCUGCAUCCGAGGACGAGCUCAUCGCCGCCGUUGCUUACGCCAGCCAAAACAACCUCCCGGUGAAGGUGGUGAGUCAGUUCAUCCACACCACGGCCAAGUGGUACUGUCCUGGGGGGGACACAGGCGUCAUUAUAGUCACAACCUUCUACAACAGCAUUCAACUCGACACACAGGCCAUGACCGUCACUGUAGAUGCUGGUGUUAUGAUCUAUGACCUCUUCAGCUAUCUCGCGCGCUACAACCUCACCUUCCCCACCGCCCCCUACUGGGAUGGAGUCACUGUGGUGGGGGCCAUUGGCACCGGCUCCCACGGCAGCACACUUCAGUUCAAGGGCGGGCGCAUGGGCGAGUAUGUGCGGGGGGUGCGCGUGGUGGUCCCCACGGACGAGGCGAGUGGGUGGGUGGGGGUGAGGGAGGUGAGGGGCGGGGACGAGCUGCUGGCUGCCCGCCUGCACCUGGGGCUGCUGGGAGCUAUUUCGAAAAUGACGCUGGAGGUCUACCCCAUGUGGAAACGCCAGAUUGUCUUCUACAACACCAGUGACGACAACAUCGAAAAUGAGAUUCUCUCAUUUGCCCAUAACACAACGUUUCCGGACCUCAACUGGUACCCCUCCUCCUACAGUGUCUUCUGGCGUCGGGACAACCUGGUGUCAGUCGCCACGCCAGGGGAUGGUUCCUACACUCUCCCUCUCUUCCCCGGCCGCCUUGAAUACGUCUGGUCUGCUCUUGCUGCCAUGGACUACCAGUCUGAGGUCUCCCGCAAUGCAGACGAGCAGUGCCAGGCAUGGCUCAACAUCCAGGUACCGACUCUGCUUGGAGGGGGUGGUGGCUUCACCAACGAUGGUUCUUCCUUCUCCUCCUUCCCUGUCGUUGGAUUCCACAACCGCAUUCAAUCAUCCAGUGGGUGCGAGUUCGCUCCAGAAUACCCCAUCGGCAGGCAGACGUGUGCCUGGGACCCUCGAAUCAGCGGCAUCAAGUUCUUUGAAACCACCCAUGUUAUUCCACUCAGACGUCUCAAAGAGUUCAUUAUGACAAUCAAGCGCAUUCGGGACAUGAGACAGAAUGCAUUCUGUGGUGUUGGACUGUACGGAGGCAUUUUCUUCCGGUUCAUGCGUGGGUCUCGCACGCUUCUUGGCAACAGCGAGGAUGCUGCUAUGGUGGACAUCCAGUAUUACAGGAACACCAAUGUCUCCCACCCUCGUACAAAUGGGGAUAUCACUGAUGAGUUCGAGCAGAUCCAAGGAAGGCUCUUUGAUGCCCUGCCUCAUUGGGGAAAGAACAGAGAUGUUGCUUUUGACAACAUUCUGCACAAACUCCCUGGUGCAGCCCGGUUCCUGCAUGUCAGGCAACAAUUUGACCCCCGUGGCCUGUUUCUCAACGAGUGGGCGAUGAGGGUGUUUCGCCUCAGCAGGACACCAGUGCAGACAUACCGUCCUCUGUGUGCUCUGGAAGGUGUCUGUCACUGCAAGGACGACUCCCACUGUAACCCAGCGGCUGGAGCUUUCUGCGCCCAAGGCCUUGUCUUAACCAAUGCCACCGUUUGCCGCCUGGCAGGUGUUCAGCAGGCUUAAAUUAGUGUACCGGUAUUUGGUUAAUUGAAACAUUAGGUGCUCCUUGACUGUGCCAUGAUAUCUGCGAAAGUGGUGGAUA